AUGUUGUUGUUAAUAUCUACUUAUUUGGGUAUCCACGUAUUAGGUGUCCCUGAUCAAUCAAGACUUAAAAGACUUGUUCCAUCUAUAUCAACUUUUCAUACUCAAUUACCGCUACGCGAGUCAUUUUUAUCAGCUAAUGCUAAACAUUCUAUUGCCGCACGUAGAUUUGUACCUCCAAGUUUCAACGACAUUCGAAGGAUUUUAAACACAGCUCAGAUUACUGCAAUUGCUCCAAAACUCAAAUUAAUAACAUUCGAUGGGGAUAUGACACUUUAUGAUGAUGGACAAGAUUUUGAACACGACUCAGCUUUAGUGAAUUUACUUGUGAGCUUAUUAAAAUAUAAUCUAAUCGUUUGUGUGGUUACAGCCGCCGGAUAUCCAGGAGACGCAUUGCGAUAUGAACAAAGGUUAUCUGGACUUUUAAAAGGUUUUGAAAACGCACGAUUGUCAAAGAACAUGUGUGAAAAAUUUUUCGUUUUGGGAGGUGAAUGCAAUUACCUUUUUCAAUGUAAAGAAGAUUAUCAUCUAAAAUAUCUUCCUGAAACUAAAUAUCAGCCGCAAAAUAUUCUUUCUUGGAGUUCGGAUCAGAUCAAUGCUAUUUUAGAUGUAGCCCAAGAAAAUUUGCAAAGAUGUAUUGACGAAAUGAAAUUGCAGUGUACCGUGUUACGUAAAAGCAAAGCAGUUGGCGAGUAUUUAUUUUAUAAUAUGAAAAGAUACGAAGAACAACUGGACGAAUGUGUACUAUCUACGCAACAUCGAAUUGUGAAUUAUUUAAAUUCACCAUGGGGAAAGAAGAAUGAUUUACCAUUUUGCGCAUUCAAUGGUGGAAGUGACGUUUGGGUAGAUAUUGGGAAUAAACUUAUAGGAGUGCAAAUACUGCAGCAGUUUCUUGGCGCAACACCAGGAGAAACUUUGCAUGUAGGAGAUCAAUUCUUAUCUACUGGAAAUGAUUUUGCUACAAGACACCAAUGUUGUACAUUAUGGAUUGUUAAUCCUGACGAAACACAAGGUGUGUUGCUGGAAUUAACCGCAUUAUUGGAAGCAAAGAAAUCGGAGCGAUCCCUCUUAACAUUGCUAGAUCAUUCAAAAAUUCUUUUGGACUCUCAGACUAUAUAA